AUGCAAGCCGCUCAAGCAGUGAGCAAUGGAGCUGCAGAAGCUCCUCCUGCUCAGGCUGGUCCCGAAAAUGUGAAGGAAGAAGCUACAGACCCAGGACCUGCUGGGAGGCGCCCAGACAUAUCACUUCAAAUACCCCCAAGGCCUGCGGCUUUUGGUGGUAGCCGCAGCGGAAAGGGUUUACUCCAGUCUCAAGGCUCCUCUAAGGCUAACUCACUAUCAGGUGGCCUCUUCCGGGGUUUAAGCUUCAAGAAAAAAGCUACUCUACCAGAUGGUGAGAAAAGCUCCCUCCUUAGUACAGACCCCAGUAAAGCUCCUGAAAGUCCUACAAUGGCCAAUUUUGCAUCAGCUCUUCCUUGGGCAAGAUGUACCUCACUUCCUGUUACGCCGGCGUCAAAUUUGUCCCCCUCUGUUUCUACACCUAUCUCUGCGAGGAUGUAUAAUGAAGUGCACAAGCCACAUAAAGAAACUGUUCAGGCUACAGUUUCAAGGUCCCUGUCUGUGCCUGGAAGAAAUAUUGUCAUUGUAAGAUCCGUGUCUUUUGCUACUCGAAAUGUGCAGACCCAAACAGAUCCUAGUAAUGAUCAAAUAACUCCAGUUCCAGUGGAGGAGACCAAUGAUGAAGAAAUUCCAGAAGAAGAAGCAGUGUGCAGGAUAUGUCUUGAUGUAUGUGAAGAACAAAAUACACUCAAAAUGGAAUGCUUUUGCAAAGGUGCUCUCAGACUUGUGCAUGAAGAGUGUGCCAUUAAGUGGUUUAGCACAAAAGGAAACAAGAAAUGUGAUGUAUGUGGGAAAGAGGUUCAGAAUUUACCUGUAACCUUACUUCGGGUGCAGAGCUCUGUUCAAAGGGGUACCAGACAGGAGCACAAUCAACAGAGCUUGCGUCCAGAAACGAUAAGUGCCUGGCAGGACUUUGUGGUACUGGUCUUAAUUAGCACAAUAUGCUAUUUCUUCUUCCUUGAGCAGCUACUGAUUGGUGACUUGAAAACUCAAGCGAUUGUUAUUGCAGCACCAUUUGCAUUUACAUUGGGCCUCUUGGCAUCCAUAUUUUCCAUCAUCCUUGCAAUCAAGGAGUAUAUAUGGACAUAUGCAGCUCUUGAGUUUGCACUUGUGGCCAUUCUCGUCCAUCUGCUCUACUCCAUACUUCAUCUGAUGGCUAUUUACUCAAUAUUGAUUGCUUCGGUAUUGGGUUUUGGUAUAGCCAUGAGCCUCAACUCAUUGUAUAUGCACUAUUUCACCUGGAGAGUUCAAGUUGCACAAAAUCAAAACUCCAGCCCAGUAUGA